CCCCCCGGCCCCGGGCCCUGCCCCGCGCACGCGUGGGAAAGUUGGCCUGGAACCGGCCCGACCAGUUCCGCCUGGGCGCGCGGACCGGCCGCAGGAAGUUGCUGCAAAACUUUUUUGGGGGGUGCAGUCGGUGCCCCCCCGCGCCUGGGCCGGAUGCGCGCCGGAUAGGGUCCCUCGGGCCGAGAGGGGUGCGCGGAGGGGGCGCCCCGGCCCCGCUGCUCUGGGGCUAUGGCCAUGGUGACCGGUGGCUGGGGCGGCCCUGGCGGCGGCGGCGACACGAACGGCGUGGACAAGGCGGGCGGCUACCCGCGCGCGGCCGAGGAGGACUCGGCCUCACCCCCUGGCGCCGCCAGCGACGCGGAGCCGGGCGAUGAGGAACGGCCGGGGCUGCAGGUGGACUGCGUGGUGUGCGGGGACAAGUCGAGCGGCAAGCACUACGGCGUCUUCACCUGCGAGGGCUGCAAGAGCUUUUUCAAGCGGAGCAUCCGGCGCAACCUCAGCUACACCUGCCGGUCCAACCGUGACUGCCAGAUCGACCAGCAUCACCGGAACCAGUGCCAGUACUGCCGCCUCAAGAAGUGCUUCCGGGUGGGCAUGAGGAAGGAGGCGGUGCAGCGCGGCCGCAUCCCGCACUCGCUGCCGGGCGCCGUGGCCGCCGCCUCCGGCAGCCCCCCGGGCUCGGCGCUGGCGGCGGCGGCGGGCGGAGACCUCUUCCCGGGGCAGCCGGUGUCGGAGCUGAUCGCGCAGCUGCUGCGCGCCGAGCCCUACCCUGCGGCGGCCGGGCGCUUCGGCGCGGGGCCCGGCGCCGCGGGCGCGGUGCUGGGCAUCGACAACGUGUGCGAGCUGGCGGCGCGGCUGCUCUUCAGCACGGUGGAGUGGGCGCGCCACGCGCCCUUCUUCCCCGAGCUGCCGGUGGCCGACCAGGUGGCGCUGCUGCGCCUCAGCUGGAGCGAGCUCUUCGUGCUGAACGCGGCGCAGGCGGCGCUGCCCCUGCACACGGCGCCGCUGCUGGCCGCCGCCGGCCUCCACGCCGCGCCCAUGGCCGCCGAGCGCGCCGUGGCCUUCAUGGACCAGGUGCGCGCCUUCCAGGAGCAGGUGGACAAGCUGGGCCGCCUGCAGGUCGACUCGGCCGAGUACGGCUGCCUCAAGGCCAUCGCGCUCUUCACGCCCGAUGCCUGUGGCCUCUCGGACCCAGCACACGUGGAGAGCCUGCAGGAGAAGGCGCAGGUGGCCCUCACCGAGUACGUGCGGGCCCAGUACCCGUCCCAGCCCCAGCGCUUCGGGCGCCUGCUGCUGCGGCUGCCCGCCCUGCGUGCCGUGCCCGCCUCCCUCAUCUCCCAGCUGUUCUUCAUGCGCCUGGUGGGCAAGACGCCCAUCGAGACACUGAUCCGAGACAUGCUGCUGUCAGGAAGUACCUUCAGCUGGCCCUACGGCUCGGGCCAGUGACCAGCCAGGGCCUGGGCGCCGCGGCCUGGUCUGGUGACCUCAAGGGAUACGGAAGCCUGGGCCUCAAGGGGGCCCCCAGGCGGAGCACCCCAGCUUUUCUUCUCAGACUCUUGUUUUUUAAAGACUGUGAAAUGUUUGUUUUUUCUGUUUUUCAAACGAUCACAAAGCCAAAAAGAAACUGAUCGUCUAGACUCCAGCUUUGUCCCCCCCGGAACCCCUGGCCAAGAUGCGGGGUGGGACUGAGGGUCCAGUCCUGGG